ACUCAAUUAACAAUUAAAUAGUUUACAUUACCCUAAUCACAUUACAAGUUAAAAAAAUUAAAAAUUAAAAUAAUCCAGAGCUCACCACUUGGCUCCAAACCGUCCGAUCACCAAAAUCUCAAACUGCCACGUGGCACAAGAUUAAGCCCCCAGUGACCAGUCAACCCGACCAAGCAAACCAGUCUCUCUUCCAAACCAAACCAAAAGGCAAAGUUCAAAUCCCUUAACCCAAUUCCCCAAAACACCCUUCCCAUUUCCCUUAAUUUACGUAACUACCCUCUUCCCCACAAGGAGGGGCAUGAAUGUCAUUUCACACCCCCAAACGCAUUCACCCCACGCCUCCUCCUGAUCGCCGGCGCCCAAGCCGCAACUAUCGAAAGCAACGAUUUUCCCAUUUUGACCUCGUCUUCGUCCUUUUUAUAAAUACCCCCCCGCCUUCUUCUCUAAUUCCCAAACACGAAGACAAAGAAGAAGAGAGAUGGGCGAAGAGGUGGCGGUGAGAGAACCCAUGGACGCCACUCCCCCCGCCGGCGAGCAGGCCAUCUCCGAUCAUGAGCUGCCGGCGGAGAAGCCCAUCCCCGGUAAGCAACUCUCUCUUCCUUCCUACCUUCCCCGACCGGAAGCUCCACCAGGCCUCACUCGCGUCCCUUCCGAUGGACCCCAUCCGAUCGAGCGAGCCCUCUCGGAUUCUUCCUCGGCGAUCGAUGUCUCCGCGCUUGGGAAGUACAUCCGUGACCGGGGGAAUAGCUUCUCGUCGGCGAUUGUGAAGCGGAUCUCAUCUCUCCGGGAAGCUGAUUCUCCGGCAGCCGUGCCACCGGAGGUGACGGAGUUUCAUCUCUCUGGGUUGAAGGUGAUCGUGCAGCUGAAAGAGGAGAAACAGAAGAUGAACGGCGGUGAUCAGCUCGAUCUGAAGGGGCAGAUCAGCUUCUUCUCGAGAUCGAACUGCCGUGAUUGCAGCGCCGUCCGAUCGUUCUUCAGGGAAAGGGGCUUACCCUACGUGGAAAUCAACGUCGAUGUGUUCCCUGAGAGGGAGAAGGAGUUGGUCCAACGUACGGGAAGCGCAGCCGUGCCGAUGAUUUUCCUCAACGAGAAGCUUCUCGGAGGUCUCGUGGCGAUGAACUCGUUAAGGAACAGCGGGGAGUUCGAUCGGAGGGUGUUGAAAAUGGCCGGCGAGCGGUGCCCGGAGACGGCGCCGAGGAUUCCGGUGUACGGCUUGGAUGAUGAGGAUGGAGUAGGGGGUUUGGAUUCGAUGGUGGGGAUCGUCCGGGUGUUACGGCAGCGCGUGCCGAUCAGAGACCGGAUCACGAGGAUGAAGAUCGCGAAGAACUGUUUCUCCGGCGGCGAGAUGGUGGAGGCCAUCAUUCACCAUCUCGAUUCCGGCCGGAAACGGGCAAUAGAGAUUGGGAGAGAGCUUGCCAAGAAGCACUUUAUUCAUCAUGUUUUUAGGGAAAACGAUUUUGAAGAUGACAACCAUCAAUUCUACAGGUUCUUGGAGCACGACCCAAUCAUUCCCAAGUGCUUCAAUUUCAGGGGAUCAACCAAUGACGACGAGCCUAAGCCAGCUUCUUUGGUUGGUCAGAAGCUCACCAAGUUGAUGUUUGCCAUUCUUGAAGCUUAUGCAUCCAAUGAUAGGCAUCAAUUGGAUUAUACCCGCAUUGGUGCCAGUGAGGAGUUCAGAAGGUAUGUAAACCUGGUGCAAGACCUUCAGCGAGUCGACAUAUUUGCUCUCACAACAGAUGAAAAGAUGGCCUUCUUCCUGAACCUAUACAAUGCAAUGGUGAUCCAUGCCGUCAUAAGGCUAGGCCCUCCGGGACUCAUUGAUCGCAGAGCAUUCUUCAGUGAGUUUCACUACAUAAUUGGUGGCUAUCCUUACUCUCCAUCCACCAUCAAGAAUGGCAUUCUCAGAUCAAACAGAAGACAGCCUUACUCCUUGGCCAAACCCUUUGGUACUGGAGACAAGCGCUUAGAGUUGGCUCCUCCCAAGGUGAAUCCCUUGAUACAUUUUGGACUAUGUGAUGGAACAAGGUCAAGCCCUGCAGUUAGGUUCUUCUCAGCUCAAGGUGUUGAAGCUGAACUUAGAUUUGCUGCAAGAGAAUAUUUCCUUGGUGAUGGUGUUGAUGUGGACUUAGAGAAGAGAACUGUGCAUCUAACCAGGAUCAUCAAAUGGCACAGUGCUGAUUUUGGACAAGAAAAAGACAUAUUAAAGUGGAUCCUGAACUACUUGGAUGCAAACAAAGCAGGACUACUGACUCACCUUUUGAAUGAUGGUGGCCCUGUGAAUAUUGUUUACAAAAAUUUUGAUUGGUCCUUGAACUCCUCCUCACACUCCUCCCACACCACCAAAGUUCUCCCUUGAAAAGUGAAAGAUGGAGUGGAUUGCAGAGCUGAAUGUUUCUUGUGCCUGUCUUAAUUAACUUAAUGGCAAGAGCACCAGGAGAUAGAAACAAGGAAGCUUUGUGGAGUUAUAUAUAGUAUACUACUCUUUAGCCUUGAUUUGGUGUUGUUGUGUAUAUAUAAUAUUAAAAGAGAAAUUAGGUUUGGGGUGCUUGAUUUAUUGGUGUUCAUAUGCUGAUUUUUCUUGUUAUGAUUUAUGAGAUAAAGAAAAACAAUGCUGAGUGAUUAAAGAGAGAUUGAACAUGAGAGUGCUGGCUGGUUGGUUGGUUUUUCUGGCAUUUCCUCUACUUUGAUCAUUGUUGUUGUUUUUGUAUUUAAUUUUAUGUGUUGGUUGUUAAAUCUAAAUUUAUGUAAAAGCAUUUGAGCUUUUGUCAGGCUGUUCUUAGAAAUAGCCCUAAAAAUAUACUCUGGUAUUUUUGGUCCAUUUGGAGAGAACUUCAUUUUUUUUUAA